AUGGUGUCUAUAUUAAGCCUCUUCAUACACCUCAGUCUUGCAGCUCUUGCUGCUGUGACUUGCCAGGCAGCCGCUGUUGAAGGCCGCACAUUAUCUGAGCGUGCCUCUUCCAGUGACCGUCUGGUGUUUGCUCACUUUAUGAUCGGUAUCGUCGCCAACAGACAAAGCUCUGCCGACUAUGAUGACGAUAUGAAGCGUGCAAAGGCUGCCGGAAUUGACGCUUUUGCACUUAACAUUGGUGUUGACACUUAUACAGACGUGCAGCUUGAUUAUGCGUACGACUCUGCUAACCGCAAUGGCAUGAAGGUUUUCAUCUCAUUUGACUUUCACUUUUGGAAGACGGACAAUGCAGCUGGCGUUGGUGAGAAGAUUAAGAAAUACGGCGGUCGUGCAGCUCAGCUACGCGUCGAUGACAGGGUCUUUGUCUCCAGUUUUGCGGGUGACGGACUUGACGCCAACGCUGUAAGAAGUGCUUCCGGAUCCAACAUCUUCUUCGUCCCCAACUUCACUCCAUCGGGCAGUUCGACCAACGGUAUUGACGGGGCCUUGAAUUGGAUGGGCUGGCCUCACGAUGGCAACAAUAAGGCGCCCAAGAAUGGGAAGAGCGUCAGCGUUGCCGACGGGGAUAGCAGCUACGCAAACUGGCUUGGUAGUAAGAAGUACAUGGCUCUGACUGACAUCGACUCAGCUGUAUCACCCUGGUUCUUCACCCACUAUGGACCCGAAGUCGACUGGGCAAAGAACUGGGUCUUCCCUAGCGGCUCUCUCUUCUUUGACCGCUGGAACCAGGUCUUGCAAAGAGGGUUCGACAUGAUCGAGAUCCUCACUUGGAACGAUUACGGCGAGUCUCACUACAUCGGCCCUCUCAAGUCCAAGCACAACGACGAUGGAGCAUCCAAGUGGGCCAAUGAUAUGCCGCACAAUGGCUGGCUGGACCUCUGUACGCCCUUCAUCGCCGCAUACAAAGCGAAAGACACCAACGUCGCUAAGUACAUCGAGAAGGACCAGCUUGUCUACUGGUACCGCCGUAACCUCAAGAGCCUUGACUGUGACGCUACCGAUACAACUUCCGGCAGGUCGCCGCCGAAACCGAACGAGAACUACUUCCAGGGCCGCCCUGAUGGAUGGGAAUCUAUGGAAGAUGUUGUAUACGUUGUCAGCUUGCUCAAGUCCGCCGGGACCGUGGUUGUCAACUCUGGAGGCAACAGUGUCACAAAGGAGGUCCCCGCAGGAGCAACUCUGAUCAAGGUCAACGCUGGAGUCGGAAAGCAGACAUUGACCCUCAAACGUGGCGGUAGCAAUGUCUUGUCAGAGACGUCUCUCAUGGACAUCACAAACGUCUGCCCCUGCGGCUUGUACAACUUCAACGCCUACGUGGGAACCGUUGCUGCCAGCUUUUCAGACCCCCUCGACAGCAACGGUCUUGCAUCUUUAACUGUCGGACUUCGCGUUGCGACGUGUGAUCCCAAGCCCUCUCUUGGCAGCAACGCGGCCUCGCCGACGCAACCAAACAACCCGCCUGCGGUGACUAAUCCAAGUAACGGCCAGGCUUGCAUAGAGGGCACUGUGGCAGAUGGCGAGAGUGGAAACCUUACCGGCCUCUGCGAGUUUACCUGUAUGUACAAUUACUGCCCUCCGGCCCAAUGCAAGUGUAAGUCGUAUGGCUCGCCCUUGUCGCCCCCGGCCACAAAUGGCCGUGAGGGUUGCCCUGCUGGUGGGCUGGACGACGGCUAUAAGGGAUUGUGCAGCUAUACUUGCAACCAUGGGUAUUGCCCUCCUGCCGCAUGUAAAUAUUGCUAG